AUGGGAGCGGGAAAACCCACCAAGUUUCUCAGACCCACUCGUAUGCGAGCGCAGCACCGGGAACAAUCACCCACGAGCGGCAUACAGCCGCUCGCGCCAAAGCAUCAGAGCAGCCGGUCGCUUACUUAUAAAAGCGGCCAUGCCACAGACAGGGGGUUUGAGGUCCCGGUCGCCAUCAGGGUCCUCUUCCUCCACCUCACAUACCACUACGGAUUUGGCACGAGCUACAGAGAGUGCCGAGGAAGCAUGUAUUGA